AUGCGCGGCCACGCCCCGACAAUUUCUCGCAGUGCAUGGGACGGAGCACCUGAGCGCCUGAGCAUUAUGAACCAGACCAACAUCGACGUCCUUUCUCAUACUAUACAGGUUGCAGCCGCCCAAAUCGCGAUGAAAUCCCAGAGAAAUCUGAACGCCUUGACAAAUUUCCUCGUCCCAAAGCUCGGAGACAUACGGGCAUGUUCUCCUAAGCAGCCCCUAGCAGCCCCUAGGGCCUGUUGGCCGGUCGACCCAUGCUCAUCUGUCCUCGAGAGAAUUGGAGAAUCCGUCCCGGAUUAUCAUCCCUUAAUUGUACCGCUGCACAACGCGCUGAUGAAGAAGGACGAAGACCCACUUCACUUCAUGCGUAAGAUGCACUGCAGACCUUGGUUGAACAACAUCGAGAAGUCGACGUUGAAAUCACGCCACCUGCCAUUCGGAGGAGGCACUAGGCCGAGUGUUGCUGUCGCGGACGAAAUGACAAUGACGCCAUGGGAUACUGGUCCGACCUUGCCCCUGUUUGGCAGGUUCUGCUCGAAACCUGGGUAUCCGCACGAGGAUCAUGAUCUCAAGCCCGGAGACGGUACAUGGAGGAUGCAAAUCCCUCUGCGCAGAAGGAAACUCCCUGACAUCGCGAAACCCGAGCGAAUAACGAAUUGCAACCCUCGGGAUGGUGGGCGGGUCAUGGAUGUUAGCCGGAUGGAUGAACGGAACGAUAAGAUCAAUCGGAAAGAUAGCGAUCACUGUCAGCCCGGAAAUUUUCACCUCCACGCUGGCCAGCCUUCUCGACGUGUUCCAAGAGCCAAGGCCCCGGGUGAAGGCGACCGCGGCGGCAGCGGCACACGACCCCACAUCUACAAUGAAUCAAACCCUAAGGGUGAAGGGACCCUCGAACAGAUUACUCGGUCUAAUCAGUCGGACCCGUCCGAGCGCGCGCGAGCGCGUGUCACCCGCGACCUGCCUGCGGGAACCGUGCUAUGCCUGACGCCGGCGCACUCGACGUGCGCGCCCGCGAGCCCGCUCUCGCGCCAGCUCCGUAACUCGGAUGACGCCGGCGUCUGGCGCAGACGCGCCAGCGAUAGGAGUCCCAGCACCUGGACUGGGCCUCAGCCGAUUUCUGCGGCGGAUCGUCCAACGCCGUCAGAAAAUCGUCAUCUCGACUCCUAUCUCACCUGGGUCCAUCCCAGUGAGAGGAGUCUGAGUAUUUGUACACCGGCAGAGCGUGGGGAGCACCUCAGUCGCUCAUCCCCGCGCUCUGCCAGCACCCUCCGAGCACUGACCAAGCCGAAGGGGUCAACAAGGCGGAUUAGGCGCUACCGGCGGCAGAUGCUGGCAGAAUGGACCCGGUUCGGCGGACUGUCCAAUCAGGGCGCGCUCGACGGGGUUUGGUCGGCCGUAACGUGGCUUUGUGGAGCGUGGAAAGAUCUUUUGGGCACGAAUUUGACGCGAGCGGUUCCAAUUAUCCAGACCCCGGCUUCCGGGAGUGCCCUACGGCGAACCUGGGUGCAUGUGCGCACGGACGUAGGAGAGGGCGAUCACGGACCAGGACCACUUGAUAUCGUUAGACAAAGGCGCGGGGGAAACAAACCAGACAAGGCUACGACCGAGCGGCUCCGUGAGCGCAUGCUGACCUUGAUAGAAGAGCUCUUGCAGAAGACCUCAGAAGGCUCGGAGCCCAAAGCGUCGGUGACGGCAGAAGUUGAGGUCGGUCGAUCCGAGGAGACAAGCCGAGUGUAUAGACGCCAUGUGGGUGAGAAGUCGGCCGAAUGA